AUGACAGUGGACACUGCGGCUGUGCCUGACAAUAAAAAGAAUAAUCUUUCCAUCACGAAACGAGAUCGAAGAGAUGUCAUCCGGCAGGUGCGGGAAAUCACCGGCCUAGAUGAAAAUUCAAUUAAUCAAACUAUCGAAGCAUGUAAAGAUGGAACUGGGCGCUAUUCACUUGAACAAGUGAUUAGUUUACUAUUUGAUGAUUCACAUAUUCGAAAUAAUCUUCAACGAGCAGCACAGCCAACAAAUAAUCCUUCACAACCUACAUCAAAUGUACCUGUAAACAAUCAAAUAGCCGCAGGUCCUACCUAUGACCGAAAUAAUGAAACAAUUACAGAUGAUGUUAUUGAGCUAUCACCGGAAAUUGAAAAUCAACAACCGACCGAUGAUGAACUAGAACGAGCUCUUUUAUUAUCACGUGAAACGAUGGAACAGAUCAUAGAUGAGUCUGAUAUUGCAGAAAGAAAAAAUUUAGAUGAACCUGCCGGAUUGAAAAAUGUUGGCAAUACUUGUUGGUUUAAUUCAGUGGUGCAAGCUCUGUAUACAUUGCCGUAUUUUCGUCGACUUAUUUUAAAUUUCCAAUAUCCGACAAUAAAUCGUUCAUUAGCUGAUAGUGAACAGCAAGCAAUUUGUUUUACUGAAGAAUUAAGAUAUUUAUUUGCUUUAAUGUUAAAAUCUCCACGACGUUCAGUAAAUCCCGAUCGUGCUAUUAAAAAAUUUAAGAAUACAAGAAAAUUAUGUGGAGUGGAUUUUUCACAUGAAGAUUGUUCGGAAUUUGCUGCGCAUCUGAUCGAUCUUGUUGAACUUGCUUAUGAAACAAUAGGAAAAAAUUUAUUAAAUAUCGAUAAUGCAACAUCAAUUAAUUUUAUUAAUCCUGUCAAUACAAUUGUUAGCGGAGAAGUUAUUGUUGAACGGAAUGAAAAUAUAUCCAUUCAAGAAGCUUUAAGACAAAUAAAUAUCCAAAUGAUUGAUUCAAGCAAUAUUUAUGAUGGUCUUGAAACUCUUUUGCUUGGUUCAGCUGAUGAAAGUCUUUCUAAUCAACAAUCUAUUGUUGAACAACGAUGGUUAACACGCUUACCACCUGUGUUAUUUAUUUGUCUUAAUCGUUACCAUUUCUCACAAGCAACAAAGCAAGCGUCGAAAAUCAUAGCACCAUUUGAAUUUUAUCCUGAACUCUAUCUUGAUCGCUAUAUGCUGAUAAAUAAAAAUCUCACGUUAAAUAAACGUAACAUUGCAAAAACACUGUAUGCUCAAUUGCAUGAGUUAGAAAAUACAUUGAACAGUUAUUUGAAAUAUCCAUGUAAUGACGAAUCAUUUGCACUCGCCAAUGCUAUUCGCGUCGUUUAUGAAUUUGCAACUGGUUGCCGACUUAAUCCAACACCACCAAAAAGGAUUGAUACAAUUUCUGUUGAUCAAACCACAGCAAAUCGUGUUCGACAACAUCCACCAGUACCUAUUCAACCUUCACAUAUAUCACCUGAAGAACUUCAAUUCAUUCAAAAUUCAUUACCAGUAUGGUUAACUGAAGUUGAAGCAAAAUGUGCUAAUAUUCGGGAAGAAAUUCAACGUUUAAAAAACGAAUUAAAACAGUUAUAUGAUGAAGCCCAAUUAAAACAGGUUCGGUAUACAUUGCAUGCUGUUUGUGUACACGAAGGAAGUGCAAACCUUGGACAUUUUUGGACUUAUGUCUAUCAUAAUGAUCGACAAAAAUGGUAUCGUUAUAACGAUAAUGAAGUUUGUGAAACUACAUGGGAAGAUGUACUUGAUGCUGGUAUUGGUGGUCAACGAACACAAAACAAUCGUGACGAACCACGUGUACCAAGUGCCUAUUUAUUAGUCUAUAUAAAUGCUGAUCAAAAAUCUUCUUCGGACGAUGUACACUAUGAACUUCCUGUUGAUCUUCAACGAGUUUUAGACGAUGAUUUAGUUUUAUUACAACAACAAAUCGAAAGUAUUAAACUUGAACAACUUCAUAGUGAUUUAAAAUCAAUAUGUGAUCGUAUUGAUAAACAGCAAACCGUUCAUCGUGUUUUAACGAUUCCAUUUUUCGCUGGGCCGAAUGCACCUAGUGAUUCGGAAAUAGUGAAGCCUGUGGUUGACUCAACAUUACGCAUUUUAAAAGCAUAUGCAUCUAAAAUUCUUUCAGCUGAAGUUGAUCGUUUACUUCAAGAGAUUGUCGAAAAAGAAAUCAAAACAUAUUUACAUACAGCUAAUAUGAUAACAUCUGCAUUACCACAUAAUGACUACCGUUUGCAACAUAUUCUUUCAUUUCUGUCAGUGAAUCGUGUUGAUUCAAUUUACCGACAACGUGUGAUGUAUGAUAUUAUCAGACUUACAACUUUUCCCAAUGAUGAUAUUCGAUUGAGAAUAUUUAAAUUGCAGGCACAAAUUAUCUGUAAUGAAAUGCAGAUGACUAACGAUGAAGUUCAAGAAUAUCAAAAACUUCUGGUUGAUUAUAAAGAUUUUCGAUCUGUUAUUGCUGCAUUUCUUGCUGGUUGUCAAUUGAUGAAUGAAGAUAAAUUUGAAGAUGCAAUAACAUAUUUUUGUGUUGCUUGCGAAUACAAUUUACGUCUUUCAAAACAAUGUACACUACCAAUGAGAGCAAUGGAUAGUUGUCUUUUAUUUAAAGCUCGUCGAUUAUGUUUUGAGCGAUGGAAUGAUGUCGUUAUAAAUCGUUUUAAAACCGAUCCUGAUUAUCGUCUCGAUACAAUGACACAUCAAUUUCUUCCUUGUUUAAUGCAGCUGAAAUUGAGCUCAGAAGAAGAUCAAGCAUACAUAUCAGAAAUUCAACGUGUCUGGUGUUUAUUACUUGAUAAAUUAGAACCUACUGAACGUUCGUUAUCACUUGAAGAAUUUCUUCAACGUUUACUUGAACAACCCAUCGGUCAACAUUAUCAUUCAGUAUCAAUUAAUAAACAUCAAUUAGUUGAACGAUACGAUGAAGCCGUACGAGAUCUCAUUCAUCGAUAUCCAUCAUUUUCAGGUAACACAACUGAUCAACAACAACAAUCUCCUAAUCGAACAAAUCGAACAUCAGUUUUAACUGCGCCUGUUCAAAUUCCAGUUGUUAUACAACAAUCAAAUCGUUUACCUGAAAAUAUGCCCGCUAUCGACCCACGUGGCUCGUCGCCCAUGCAACAAGGCGAUGACGAGCAAGAGUCACCAUUACCACCACCAUCUUCGUAA